UUGUGACACUAAGAGAGGCUGCGUUAGCAGUUGUUGCUUCCAGUUAGCAUCGACGAGGAAACCCAGCGCUGGUUUAGAAUGCAGUAACUACCGAGCUGACGAUACCAGUCGAACCUUCGCCCACCGAGCCGCCCCUUUACAGAAUGACAGAGAAUGUCGUCCUACUGGAUGUACCCCCUAUCAGGCAGCUCUACCACUGGGACUGCGGCUUGGCCUGCUCCAGGAUGGUUCUCAAGUAUCUGCGGCCGACCACAGACGAGGAGUUUCAGCGGGCCUGCUGGGAGCUGAAGAUGACGGAGAGCGUGUGGACCAUCGACCUGGCCUACCUCAUGCGCCACCUGGGAAUCCGCCACUGCUUUUGCACACAGACCCUUGGUGUGGACAAGGGCUUCAAGAAUCAGUCCUUUUAUAAGAAGCAUUUUGACACAGAGGAAGAUCGUGUGAAUGAGCUCUUCCUGAAAGCAGGAAACAAAGGCGUCACGGUGAAGAAAUGCUCUGUGACGGUGGAGGAGAUCCAGUCUCAUCUGGAGCAGGGCCACGUGGCCAUUGUACUGGUCAACGCCGUCAUCUUGACCUGUGAGCUCUGCUCCUCGCCUGUCAAAUACUGCUGCUUCCUGCCUGUGGGCCAGAAGUGCUUCUGCAGGAAACCCGAGUACCAGGGCCACUUCGUGGUCAUCUGCGGCUUCAACAGGACCACUGGCUGCAUAUUUUACAACAACCCGGCCUAUUCAGACCGAGUGUGCUACACCAGUUUGGAGAACUUCGAGGAGGCGCGGCGCAGCUACGGCACAGACGAGGACAUCUUGUUCAUCUUCAAGGAGAGUUGACGGACGGAGUGUGUCCCUCCAGCGUCCGCUCUGGUGCUACAGACUGAGCUUUACUUGAAAAACUGCACUCGUGCUAACACCAGGCGUCACUCACCUGUGAAAGACUGCAAAGCUUUGUUUUUCUUUUUUAGACGGUUAUUUUUUUUUUUUGUUCUCAUCGGUGAAUGAGAAGUUUCAGUCUGCAAUGGAUGACAUGGGGGAAUUUAGAUGUAGAAUAGGGACAAUCAGGUAUGAUCAUGUCGUCGUGCUCGCUCUCAAAGCUUUGGAACUUUGAACAGGGUCUGACCACGAGCAACAACAUCCUUUUAGUUCUGCCACCUUUCUUUUUUUAUUUCCACGACUCAACAGGGAAUAGAUGUUUUGUAUUUUAGGGUCUCAGGUAUUUCUUGACCUCCAUCAUGACAAGCAGCGUCUGUUUAAAGGAACUCCUCAACGCAAUAAGCUCCUGUGCGAGACAGCAGCCUCGCUACUUUUCUGAAAACACUCGCUCCCGAACUGGGGGGAAUGAAGACUCCGCCCCUCCACACCUGCCAGGGCUCCCCGCUGGCUUCAUGUCUUAUUGUUUUGCACUACACUUUACGCCACAGAAGUUAAAUGUUAUUUAAAUGAGGUAUUUUACUUUCUUUUUUUUCCUUAACGAUUCUUUGUUGACAUGAACAAAUGAUCCGGUUUUUAACUUUAUUUUUAUGAUG